CCCACGGCACUGAAAAGGGAAUCUCUUCUCCCUGUGAGCAGCGCCUCCAAAGAGAAUGGGGUUCGUGUAGAGCAAGAUGAUCAGGACUUAUUUGCAGCUGGAAGAAGAGGAACAGGAGGACAAAUUUGAGCUGACUGUAGGAGUGAGCGACCCAGAGAAAGUUGGGGAUGGCAUGAAUGCGUAUGUAGCCUACAAAGUGUCAACACAGACGAGCAUGCCAAUGUUCAGGAGCAAGCAGUUUUCAGUGAAAAGGAGGUUCAGUGACUUUCUGGGUCUCUAUGAGAAGUUGUCGGAGAAGCAUGCCCAAAAUGGGUUCAUCGUUCCUCCACCGCCCGAGAAGAGCCUCAUAGGAAUGACCAAAGUGAAAGUUGGGAAAGAAGACUCCUCCUCUGCAGAGUUCCUAGAAAAAAGACGGGCUGCUCUAGAGAGGUACCUACGGAGAGUGGUCAGCCAUCCAACAAUGCUGCAGGACCCAGAUGUCAGGGAGUUCUUGGAAAAGGAGGAGCUACCAAGAGCAGUAGGCACCCAGACCCUGAGUGGAGCAGGAAUACUGAAGAUGUUCAACAAAGCUACGGACGCUGUCAGUAAAAUGACCAUCAAGAUGAACGAAUCGGACAUAUGGUUUGAGGAGAAGCUGCAGGAGGUGGAGUGCGAGGACCAGCGGCUACGGAAGUUGCAUGCUGUCGUUGAAACACUAGUGAACCACAGGAAAGAGCUAGCAUUGAAUACAGCCCAGUUUGCAAAGAGUCUGGCCAUGCUGGGGAGCUCGGAGGACAACACGGCCCUGUCCCGGGCGCUGUCCCAGCUGGCCGAGGUCGAAGAGAAGAUCGAACAGCUGCACCAGGAACAGGCUAACAAUGACUUCUUCCUCCUGGCUGAGCUCCUGGGAGACUACAUCCGCCUUCUCUCAGUUGUAAGGGGAGCCUUUGACCAGCGCAUGAAGACCUGGCAGCGGUGGCAGGAUGCCCAGACCAUGCUGCAGAAGAAGAGGGAGAUGGAGGCCAGGCUGCUGUGGGCCAACAAACCUGACAAGCUACAGCAGGCCAAAGAGGAGAUCUCGGAGUGGGAGUCUCGUGUGACACAGUACGAAAGGGACUUUGAACGGAUUUCUGCCGUCAUCCGCAAGGAAGUGAUACGGUUUGAGAAAGAGAAAUCCAAGGACUUCAGAAACCAUGUCACUAAAUACCUUGAGACGUUAUUAAACUCUCAGCAACAGCUGGUGAAGUACUGGGAAGCGUUCCUACCCGAAGCCAAGGCCAUUUCUUAAUUGGACUGACUGAGCAAAAGAGCAUACCUGAACUUUGCCUUUUUUUUUUUUUUUUUUAUAUACACUAUACCUCUUCCUCUUUUACAUGUGAAUGAACAGUAGUUAAACACUCUGGAGCUGGUAGAGGUUUAAUCCCAGACAAGCAGCUUGCAAGCCAGUAACUCUUCUAACUGUAUAUUUUUCAUUUAGCAACAUAUAUUUUCUUACUGAAGAGAAACUAGUUUCCUGCUUUAAGACCAGACCUGCAGCAGAGUGUUAACAAGAUACGUAAAAUGUAUAUUUUUCAGGCUGGGUUUUAGGGCUCUAAUGACUAUCUUACUCCUGCAGUGCCAUUAAAAUUCUGUAAUAAAAACUUCUAUCAGGGCAAA